CAAUGACUUUUUGGUGGCAAGUUUGGUGUCUAUGGAAAGCUCUUUAUUAGAUCUUUCAUUUGGAACUGGGGAACAUCAUGAAAUCAAAGGGGGAGCAACAAAUGAAUUCAAUGAAUGGAAGCUUUACUUAUUCUCAGAUUGCCAAAAUAACUUCAAAUUUCAAAACGGUUAUUGGGAAAGGAGGAUUUGGAGAAGUUUACCAUGGCAUCUUGAAUGCUGACACUCAUGUUGCUGUUAAGGUCCUGUCUUCAACAUCAAUGCAAGGCUAUAAGGAAUUCCAAGCAGAGGUAAAACUUAUGACAGUUGUUUGUCAUGAAAAUCUGGUGUCUGUAAUGGGAUACUGUGAUGAAGAUGGUAAUAAGGCAUUGAUAUACGAAUACAUUGCCAAUGGAAAUUUGAGACAAUAUUUAUCAGAGAAGAGUGAACGAAUUUUGAGUUGGGGUGAAAGGCUUCAAAUUGCUGUAGAUGCUGCACAUGGGUUAGAGUUUCUUCAUGGUUGCAAGCCCCCAAUAGUGCACAGAGAUUUGAAACCAGCCAACAUCUUAUUAACUGAAAACAUGCAAGCCAAGAUAUCAGAUUUUGGACUAUCCAGACUUUUUUCAACAGAAGCCUCUCAUAUAUCAACUCGCCCUGCAGGCACAUUUGGAUAUCUAGAUCCUGAAUCUUAUACGAUAGGACGCAUAAGUAAGAAAAGUGAUGUCUACAGCUUUGGGAUAAUUCUAAUAGAGCUCAUUAGUGGUCAGCCGGCAAUCAUAAGACAGGGCAACGAGGAUGACAUUCACAUACUUCGAUGGAUUUGUCCUUUAUUUGAUAGAGGGGAUAUCUGGAGCAUCGUUGAUCCAAGGCUACAAGGUGAAUUUAACAUCAAUACCGCUCGAAAAGCAAUCAAGAUAGCAAUGUCAUGCGUGUUGCCAAUUAGACAAAGGCCAGACAUGAGUCAUGUGCUGGCAAAACUUAAGGAGUGUUUAGAUGAUUUCUGUUAUGAUUUUAUGCUGCUGGGAGGAAAGAAUGUAAACUUGUUGUAGAAGGGCAGGAGUACCCCUUGUGAUAAUUUUUGUUUUGCUGAUAAAAAAAAAAAAGUAGGAUUUUUUUA